AUCCUGACCAUGAACCUAAGCUUCUUCGACCAAUUUUCAAGCCCCUCCCUGCUAGGAAUCCCCUUAAUCCUAAUCUCAAUAACAUUUCCAGCCCUCCUCCUCCCAUCCCCAGGUAAUCGAUGAAUUACUAGCCGACUCUCAACCUUACAGCUAUGAUUCAUCAACCUAGUCACAAAACAACUAAUAAUGCCACUCCACAAAAAAGGCCACAAAUGAGCCCUAAUCCUGACAUCCCUAAUGAUCUUCCUGCUACUAAUCAACCUACUAGGGCUGCUACCCUACACAUUCACACCAACCACCCAACUAUCCAUGAACCUAGCCCUGGCCUUCCCGCUAUGGCUCGCCACACUCCUAACCGGCCUCCGAAACCAACCAUCCGCCUCCCUGGCCCACCUCCUGCCAGAAGGCACCCCCACACCUCUAAUCCCCGCCCUAAUCAUGAUCGAAACAACAAGCCUCCUCAUCCGCCCCCUAGCCCUAGGCGUCCGCCUAACCGCCAACCUCACAGCAGGCCAUCUCCUAAUCCAGCUCAUCUCCACCGCCACAAUAGCUCUAUUCUCAACAAUGCCAGUAGUGUCCCUACUCACCCUACUAGUCCUACUCCUUCUAACCAUCCUAGAAGUAGCAGUAGCCAUAAUCCAAGCCUACGUCUUCGUCCUCCUACUAAGCCUCUACCUACAAGAAAACAUCUAG